AUGACAGACUUUCAACCGGUACAGCAAAAGCCUGAGUCCACUACCACAAAUGAUCCUCGUGUGGAAUUUGAAAGGGGAUGGGAGGACUUGAUGCGAGGGCCCUUAGAUGAGUGUAUGUCAUUUGCAUCCUGUAGCUCUACUCGUACUCCAGAUGAUGACGAUGACAACGAGGGGGAUCAGCUUGUUCGCAGGAGACGAAGGUCGGAUCUCGAAGGAGAUGAUUUGGCCGAGUCGUCAGCUGCUAGGAGGCGCCAUUCCCGCAUUCUCAGCAGGUGGGCUGCUCGACAGGCACAAGAGAUGAUGAUUACCACUAUCGAGAGGAGGAAUCGCGAGUCGGAGUUGAUGGCGCUUGCAGGUCUCCACACGGUGUCAAUGCUUGAUUCCUCGUUUUUAAGGGAGCCACAAUCACCCCCACCGCCCACUUCUAGAAGGCAGGGAGGGACAGCUGAAAGGCCGAGUACUCGAGCAUCAGCAAUUUUGCAAAUGUGGAGGGAGUUGGAGGAUGAGCAUAUGUUGAGCAGGGCCCGUGAAAGGUUGAGGCAGCGGAGGAGUGUGGAUUCUACUACCACAAAUGAUGCUUCCACUACCAACAUGUCUGAGGCUCGAGGAGAAAGUCAGAAUCAGGGAAGUGUGGGGGAGAGUGAUACCGAGUUUGGACCCUGGUCGCCUGAGCAACUGGUUUCCCGUACUGAACGUGGAGAAGAUAAUAAUGCUCGCUCAACUCGGGAGCAGUCUCCUGAUCUUGGAGAAGUUGAGAGGGAGAGGGUGAGGCAGAUUGUUCGUGGAUGGAUGGACAGCGGUAUGAGUGAUCGUACAUCGAAUCUAUCCCAACGAAAUGGUGGCAGUACUAGAGGAGAAUGGCUUGGUGAAACGGAACGUGAAAGGGUGAGAAUAGUGAGGGAGUGGGUGCAAAUGACUAGUCAGCAGCAAAGAGGGUCUCGAGGGGCACGAAGGGAUGACCAAACUGGUGGACGUGGUGAUGCUCAAGUUACUACUAGAGGUCGGGAAAGGUCAGUUGAUGAAGGGCAACCAGAACAUAUUCGUCGGGACGUACUUAGACUGCGUGGCAGACAAGCUGUUAUUGAUUUGCUUAUGAGGAUUGAGAGGGAAAGGCAGCGGGAGCUUCAGGGAUUGUUGGAACAUAGAGCUGUUUCUGAAUUUGCUCACCGCAAUCGCAUUCAGUCAUUGUUGAGGGGUAGAUUCCUCCGUAAUGAAACAACUGUUGAAGACGAAAGACCACCUUCAGUGGCUUCAAGCGAAUUAGUUCAAUUAAGACAGCGACACACCGUUUCUGGUAUAAGGGAAGGAUUUCGUUCAAGAUUGGAAAAUAUUGUCCGUGGUCAAGUAAGCGGCCAAUCUGAUGAUCCUAAUGAUAAUAACAACGAUCCUAGAAAUGAACAGACUGAAACGGAUACUUCACAGGAUGUUCAGCAUCAGGAUAAUGUUCAAUCUGAACCUAGGACUCAAGGAAAUGAUGCCGGUCCAUUACCUGAUCCAAUUAAUGCCUCAGAAAGUAAUGUAGGCACCGAUAAUAUGAAUUGGCAGGAAACUGCUAAUCAAGCUAGGGGUUGGCAUGAGGAAAUUACAGAUAAUGUGGGAGGAAACUGGCAACAGCCAGAUUAUGGUCCUUUCAAUGAAUGGAGAGAUGACAAUGCUGAACCUGUGGAUCAUAAUUGGCAGCAGAAUAGUGUUGAAAAUUGGCCCCAAGAAACACCUGGUAAUGUACAUAACGAACCAGGUCGUCCACAGGAAGCCCAGGGAGUUUGGCAUGAAGAUGGCUCUCGCGAGGCGGUAGAAACGUGGAUAGAGGGGCCUUCUGAUCCACCAAGAGCUCGCCGUUCUGUUCCAUUGAGAAGGUUGAAUAGAUUCCACCCUCCAGACGAUGAAAAUGUUUAUAGUAUGGAGCUUAGGGAGUUAUUGAGCAGGCGAAGUGUAUCUAAUCUGCUUCGGAGUGGGUUCCGUGAAAGUCUGGAUCAAUUGAUACAAUCAUACGUGGAAAGACGCGGUCGUGCUCCCAUUGAUUGGGAUGUUCAUCGAAACUUGCCAGUACCAACUCCUGCUUCACCCGAGCAGGAUGAAGAGCAGCAGAGGGAUGAGGAUCAGAAUGAGGCGAUAAACAGACCUUCAGUGGUACUUCCGCCUCCACCAGUUCCACCACCCCAGCCUCUUUGGCACCAGGAUUUACAUCACACUGGCUGGUCUCGUCAUAGCAUGCAUCGCUCGGAACUUGAAUGGGAAAUGAUCAAUGAUUUGAGAACAGAUAUGUCGAGGCUUCAGCAGGGAAUGAGCAACAUGCAGAGAAUGCUGGAGGCUUGCAUGGAUAUGCAGCUAGAGUUGCAGCGCUCUGUUAGACAGGAAGUUUCUGCCGCCCUGAAUCGAUCAUCUGGCGAAAAAGGAAUGGCUGCAGAGACAUCCCAGGAUGGGUCUAAAUGGGGUCAUGUGAAGAAAGGGACAUGCUGCGUGUGUUGUGAUAGCCACAUUGAUUCCUUGUUGUACAGAUGCGGGCACAUGUGUACGUGCUCGAAGUGUGCGAACGAACUGGUUCGAGGCGGUGGUAAGUGCCCACUGUGUCGAGCACCGAUCGUGGAAGUUAUCAGAGCAUACUCCAUACUAUAA